CACGCCUGUCCUCUGAUGUGCUAGCUGAGUGCGGACCGUGAAGGCAGCAUUAAUGUGAGUCACAUGACAGGCCAGCCUCUCGGACGGAUCUGAUACACAUCUAAUAAUCAUGCCGACCACACAGCAGUCUCCCCAGGACGAACAGGAGAAGCUUCUAGAUGAAGCUGUGCAGGCUGUCAAGGUCCAGUCGUUCCAGAUGAAGCGAUGCCUGGACAAGAACAAGCUGAUGGAUGCUCUGAAGCAUGCCUCUAACAUGCUGGGCGAACUGAGGACCUCCAUGCUUUCUCCAAAGAGCUACUAUGAGCUCUACAUGGCCAUCUCUGACGAACUCCACUACCUAGAAGUUUAUCUGACCGAUGAGUUUGCCAAAGGACGCAAGGUGGCAGAUUUGUAUGAGCUGGUCCAGUAUGCAGGCAACAUCAUCCCCAGACUCUAUCUGCUGAUCACAGUGGGCGUGGUGUACGUUCGCUCCUUCCCCCAGUCUCGAAAGGACAUUCUGAAGGACCUGGUCGAGAUGUGUCGUGGCGUCCAGCACCCACUCAGGGGGCUCUUCCUCAGAAACUACCUGCUGCAGUGCACCCGCAACAUACUGCCAGAUGAUGGAGAGCAGUCAGAGGGAACAGAGGAAAUGACGGGCGAUAUCAACGACUCCAUCGACUUUGUCCUUCUGAACUUUGCGGAAAUGAACAAGUUAUGGGUUCGAAUGCAGCAUCAGGGUCACAGCCGAGACCGAGAGAAGAGAGAAAAGGAACGACAGGAGCUUAGGAUUCUGGUGGGCACCAACCUCGUCCGCCUCAGCCAGCUGGAGGGCGUCAACGUGGACAAGUACAAACAGAUUGUUCUUGCUGGAGUGCUGGAGCAGGUUGUGAACUGCAGAGACUCUUUGGCUCAGGAGUAUCUAAUGGAGUGCAUCAUUCAGGUUUUCCCAGAUGAGUUCCACCUUCAGACCCUGAACCCUUUCCUGCGUUCCUGUGCUGAGCUCCAUCAACACGUCAAUGUCAAGAACAUCAUCAUUGCCCUCAUUGACAGACUGGCUCUGUUUGCUCAUCGAGAAGAUGGCCCCGGCAUUCCAGCUGAGAUCAAGCUGUUUGACAUCUUCUCUCAGCAAGUAGCCACUGUCAUUCAGUCUCGCCAGGACAUGCCAUCGGAGGAUGUGGUAUCUCUUCAGGUAUCUCUCAUCAAUUUGGCUAUGAAAUGCUACCCUGAUCGUGUGGACUAUGUAGACAAGGUCCUGGAGGGCACUGUGGAGAUAUUCAACAAGCUCAACUUGGAACACAUAGCGACCAGCAGCGCCGUGUCGAAGGAACUCACCCGACUGCUGAAGAUCCCGGUGGAUACCUACAACAACAUCCUGACAGUGCUGCAGCUCAAGCACUUCCCACCGCUCUUCGAGUACUUUGACUAUGAGUCGCGGAAGAGCAUGAGUUGCUAUGUGCUAAGCAACACGCUGGACUACAACACCACCAUCGUGGCACAGGAACAGGUGGACGCCAUCUUGAACUUGGUAUCCACACUGAUACAGGACCAGCCAGACCAACCGGCUGAUGAUCCCGACCCUGAGGACUUUGCUGAGGAGCAGAGCCUUGUUGGUCGUUUCAUUCAUCUGCUCCAUUCUGACGACCCUGAUCAGCAGUACCUUAUUCUGAACACAGCCCGGAAACACUUUGGUGCAGGUGGAAACCAAAGGAUUCGCUACACACUUCCUCCUCUGGUGUUCGCUGCCUACCAGCUGGCCUUCAGAUACAAGGAAAACUCGUCACUGGAUGACAAGUGGGAAAAGAAGUGCCAGAAGAUCUUUUCCUUCGCUCACCAGACCAUCAGUGCACUUAUCAAAGCUGAGCUGGCCGAACUGCCUCUUCGACUCUUCCUGCAGGGGGCGCUGGCUGCGGGCGAGAUUGGCUUUGAGAACCACGAGACCGUAGCUUACGAGUUCAUGUCACAGGCCUUCUCGCUGUACGAGGACGAGAUCAGCGACUCCAAAGCCCAGUUGGCAGCCAUCACACUGAUCAUUGGCACCUUUGAGCGAAUGCGAUGUUUCAGCGAGGAAAACCACGAGCCGCUGAGGACUCAGUGUGCGCUGGCUGCAUCCAAGCUGCUGAAAAAGCCUGACCAGUGCCGAGCCGUCAGCAUCUGCGCCCAUCUCUUUUGGUCCGGUCGCAGCACUGACAAAAAUGGUGAAGAGAUCCGUGAUGGUAAGCGGGUGAUGGAGUGUCUAAAGAAAGCUCUGAAGAUUGCCAACCAGUGCAUGGACCCAUCGCUGCAAGUUCAGCUGUUCAUUGAAAUCCUCAACAGAUACGUCUGCUUCUAUGAGAGAGAAAACGAUGCGGUGACUGUCCAAGUAUUAAACCAGCUGAUCCAAAAGAUCAGGGAAGAUCUUCCCAACCUGGAGGCGAGCGAGGAAACGGAGCAGAUCAACAAACACUUCCAUAACACACUGGAACAUCUUCGCCUGCAGAGGGAAUCCCCUGAAUCCGAGGGCCCCGCCUAUGAGGGCCUGGUCCUUUAAAACUAUUGCAGGUUGGAAGGAUGUGAAGCCCAUCCUUAGAUGUUUCACAAUAUUAUGAAUAUACAACUGCACACACACAAAAUCCCAUCCUGUAGGCCAGGAAUAAAAUUAAUGUCAAGAAGAGCUAAAAGAACUCACUCCUUCAUUUUAUUAUUCAUUUUUCUGCAUCAUUUCCUCCUCGCUGUCCCUCACUAGCAGAAGUGUUUUCUGCGACAGGUCAGAGGUGUUAGAUUUUAAGAAGUGUGUGCCAGCAACACUGCACAAGUCUUGGGCAUCAUUCCUUUAUGAAUUCCUACUUGACCAAUUUGUCUUUAACCUGUAUCAUUUUAUUGUCGAAGUAGACUGUUGUUGUAGGUGUAUCCACGGAGUCAUCAACCCCUCACUUGUUCACAUCUUUCCAUACUGAGAAGUGAAUGUAUUAGCUGAGUGUAUAAAGGCUACAGAAUCUAGUAGUGGUGUUACAGCUGUGUUGCAUACAAGCUAGUUCCUACCCCUGAAUAAUCAAUUACUCUGCUGUUCUUUAGGGUGGGACCACCCAAACUGAAGACCAGACAAAUGGAAGCACAUACAAACUGGCCCCACAGGAAUGACGCAACAAACGUUGUUCCCAUUAGAAGCUGAUAAAUGUUUUAGAACAAGCAUCUUUUCAUCUUGUCGGGCUUUGACUGUGGGAAAUUAGUCAAUUCAGUUAGUAAUUGUGCAGCCUUCUGCAUGAUCAUAGUCUUCAGCCAGCUGGGCUGCAAAGAAAUGACAAAUAACGUCACAAAUCUAGUCAUCUGUAGGAGCGAAAAUUGACCCGUCCUAAGUCCCACCCCUUUUGGAACCCUGGUCCUGUACUUAGAUAUGCUAUAUGCUAGGCUCAUCUAUGUUGAAAAGACAACCACAUUUUGAAGAUGGUUAAGUGACACAGUCAAAUCUUAACGAUCACAUGUAACUAUCUAGUUAACAACUGAUGUAGAGUAGCUAGCUAGGUAGCAAAACCAACAUGGAACAUCUUAAAACAUGACAGCCAAAACAGACAUUUGACUAUACUUUUAACACUAUAGUCUUAUAACAGAUGUAACCAGCUAGCUAAUGAUUAAUGUA